UUUUUAUGGGCAUGUGAACAGAUAUUGAGCACCAGCCAUGGGUAAAAAUAAACUAAAAUUUGAUUCAUGGCUCAAACUCUAUAUGCUGCUGUUUUUAAACUCUGUAGGUUGCCCUUCACAUUGCACAGCUCAUCCCUCCAGCUUGCACAGGAGCUCAUCCCUCUCCAGCUUGCACAGGAACUCAUCUCUCCAGCUUGCACAGGAGCUCAUCCCUCUCCAGCUUGCACAGGAGCUCAUCCCUCUCCAGCUUGCACAGGAGCUCAUCUCUCCAGCUUGCACAGGAGCUCAUCUCUCCAGCUUGCACAGGAGCUCAUCUCUCUCCAGCUUGCACAGGAGCUCAUCUCUCCAGCUUGCACAGGAGCUUAUUCCUCCAGCUUGCACAGGAGCACAUCUCUCUCCAGCUUGCACAGGAGCUCAUCCCUCUCCAGCUUGCAUAUGAGCUCAUCCCUCUUCCAGCUUGCACAGGAGCUCAUCUCUCCAGCUCACAGGAGCUCAUCUCUCUCCAGCUUGCACAGGAGCUCAUCUCUCUCCAGCUUGCACAUGAGCUCAUCUCUCCAGCUUGCACAGGAGCUUAUUCCUUCAGCUUGCACAGGAGCACAUCUCUCUCCAGCUUGCACAGGAGCUCAUCCCUCUCCAGUUGCCCAGCUUGCACAUGAGCUCAUCCCUCCAGCUUGCACAGGAGCUCAUGCCUCUCCAGCUUGCACAGGAGCUCAUCCCUCUCCAGCUUGCACAGGAGCUCAUCCCUCUGCAGCUUGCACAGGAUCUCAUCCCUCUCCAGCUUGCACAGGAGCUCAUCUCUCUCCAGCAUGCACAACUUAUCCCUCUAGGUUGCACAGCUCAUUUAACCCAGAAACUUACACUUCAGGUCACACUUUACUAUUCAGAUCACCCUUUCACCUCAUCCUUUCACACUGUACAGUCAGGCCUUUAGGUCUAGACCAAGUCAUUGCACAGCCUGCUCAUUAGGUCUAAAGCCAAGAUGUAUUGCUAUGUUUUAUUUAAAUUAUUUGGCAUUAC